AUGAAGAGGGUGCGGCUAAAAUGCAGCCAGAAGUUUUGUCAUCUUUCUCUUCCAGGUUACGGACACACAGUUCCUCUCUCGGAUGGCGGCAAGGCCUUCUGCAUCAUCUACUCGGUUAUUGGGAUCCCUUUCACCCUCCUCUUCCUCACCUCUGUUGUCCAGCGUGUCAUGGCAUUGGUAACCAGGCGCCCAAUCCACUACAUUCACACCCGCUGGGGCUACCCCAAGCAAAGCGUCGCCCUCGCACACGCCUUCCUGUUGGGGCUGGUCCUCCUCCUGUGCUUCUUCCUCAUCCCCGCCGCCAUCUUCACCCAACUGGAGCAGGACUGGAGCUUCUUGGAAUCCAUCUACUUCUGCUUCAUCUCGCUCAGCACCAUCGGCCUGGGCGACUACGUGCCCGGAGAGGAUGGGCACCAGCAACUGCGCGAGCUGUACAAGCUGGGAAUAACCGUCUACCUCAUGAUUGGUCUCACCGCUGUGCUUGUUGUCCUGGAGACCUUCUGCGAACUUCACAAGCUCAAAGAACUCAAGAGGAUCUUCUACCUGAAGAAAGAGAAGGCGGAGGAUGAGAUUAAGAUUCUGGACCAAGAUCAGCUCUCGUUUCCUUCAGUCAUGGACUCCGUGCCCAUCAACAGAGAGCAGCAGAAGCUCAGCGAGUCUUUUGUCCCCAGCCCAGUGCCCUACCAGUUUACAGAGGACUCUGCCAAUCGGUGACCGUCUCUCCAGGUGGACGCCACCCCCCAGGGCAAGAUUGGCCAAUCCUUCCCCUAUGUCGUGGGGCAAAUCUGCAUGUAACUAGCAUAGGUUCUCAGGCAAUCUACUAGCUCUAAAUUAAAAAUCCUAUCAUUAUACAGAAAUUAGAAUAUGACAAAAAAUGUGUAAAUAGCAAGGAGAAAGAACUGUACAUUUAGGUUAUCAAGAACACUGUUCAGACAUAAUUCAGAUUUAUUUAUAACAUGUACAUCAAAACAUACAGUGAAAUGUGUUGUUUAUGUUAACAAUCAACACACCCGAGGGUGUGCUGGGGGGAGUUCGCAAGCAUCACUACACAUUGCAGUGGCAACAUAACAUACCCACCAUGUUCAGCAGAACAACAGCAAAGCAAGUCCCACCCAUCCAUUUCCUCACACACAACCCCAGCACGGGCCGCCACUCCUUACAUAGGUCUCACAGACCACUGGACACACCGACAGGGCUUCGACCAACUUGACGCGAAGAUUAAUCUGGAGUGACCCUCCCCUCUCUCAAAAUAUUUAGAAAGAGCCCCAUUACAGCAUCUCCCCCUGGACUUCUGAUAAAACCAACCUCUGAGGAGGCUGUCCCUCAGCUAAAGAGACAGGGUGUGUAGUAAUUUGUGCAAAUAGUCAUGAUGAGAGUAUUAAUUGGUAUUUUUAGGGUGGUGGGUCACUGUGUGUUUGUGGUCUCCACACCACUCGGAGUAGCAUGGGUCUGAUUGUACAGGCCUGGAAUCCCCAAAAAGCAGGAGAAAGCCCUUAAGCCCACCUGGCCUAUUCCACCUGCUGCUGGAUCAAGACUUAUCUCUGUCCUGGUCUGUAAUGGUGGCCUGUCCUGAUCCUACAACUAAGCCUAGAUUCAUUUGUCUUUAGGUGAGAGGCUUUCUUUGGGAUAGGCACUUUACCUUGAGCAACACACACUCAAAAUGCUGAAGGAACUCAGCAGGUCAGGCAGCAUCUGUGGAGGAGAAUGAACAGUCAAUGUUUCAGGCCAAGACCCUUCAUCGGGACUUGAAGGGAAAGGGGCAAAUGCCAGAGUGAGAAGUUGGCAUUAAGGGAAAGAAUAGAAGCUGUCUGGGGGCAGGCAGGGAUGAAGUAAGAAGCUGGGAGGUGAUUGGUGGAAGAGGAACUGGACUGGAAAAGGAGAAAUCUAAUAGAGGACCAUGGAAGAAGGAAAGGAGGGGACACUCAAAAUGUGGAGGAACUCAGCAGGUCGGGCAGCAACUAUUGAGGGGAAUAAACAGUUGGUGCUUUGAGCCGAGAUCCUUCAUCUCCAUAUUGCUGCCUGACAUGCAGACUUCCUCCAGCAUUGUGUGCGUGUAUGUUGGGUUAAUCUCUUGUGCUUAGGGAAGGAGGGAAUCAGGGUUUGGCCUGAAGCAUUGAGCAUGUGGACUCAAAAGCAUAUCAGACUAAUAAGUAAGAACAAUUACAAUAAGUGGAGAGGGGGGGAAACGAGUUGUGUUAUUUGUAGGAAUGGACAAGUGUACAAUUAUCAGGAAUAGUAUUGGACCAUAAGACAUAGGAGCAGAAUUAGGUCAUUCAGUCAUCCCUCCCACCUUCUCCUUUUAACCUCUGACAUCGUAGUAAUCAAUAAUCUAUCAAUCUCCACUUUAAAUAUA